AUGGACUCUGAGCAGCAGGACAAAGUCGCUCAGUUCAGCGCUGUCACCGGCGCCAACCCAAGCAUCGCGCAAGGUGCACUCAACUCGGCCGACUGGAACCUCGAAGAGGCCGUUGCGCUCUACUUCGCCGCCAACGAAGAUCCACAAGGCGACCCUGACGAUGACACCAACGACUUCGAAGAAGAGAUGCAAUCAGCUCCUCCGACCGCUUCCUCAGCUGCUGGUCAAGCUUCGUCGAGCAGAGGCCAGCGUACAGCUCGUCCCAAGCAGAUGACCCUGCGUGAUCUCCAGCGCGGUGAUGACGACGAGGAAGAGGAGAAGAAGGACCAGGACAUGUUUGCAGGUGGCGAGAAGAGCGGACUGGCGGUUCAGAAUCCAGGCGAGGGACAAUCGAGGCCGCUUGACCAUUUCAGAAACAUCAUAAACCAGGCACGUCAAAACCGAGAGCGUCCACCAGGUGAACAAGACGAAGAGGAGGAGCCACAACCUCGCUCUAGCCACUUCAGCGGCCGUGCACAGACUCUGGGAGGAGACGAUGCUCCAAGCGAGGUCGUCGAGGACCCGCAAGCCGCUUCGCAGUCGCAGCGACAGCGUCUUCUUCCACGCGUCACUCGGACUCUGCAUCUGUGGGCGGACGGUGUGAGUAUCGACGACGGACCACUACUGCGAUUCGAUGACCCAGCCAACGAGCACAUCAUGCAAGAGAUCAACCAGGGCAGAGCUCCCAAGGCACUCUUGGACGUCCAGCCAGACCAGGAGGUCGAUCUCAACCUCGAACCACACAAGGGCGAGAACUACGUGGCACCAAAGCCAAAGUACAAGCCGUUCGGUGGUCAAGGUCAGCGUCUUGGCUCCCCUACGCCAGGUCUUGCUUCGUCUUCCUCGUCUGCGCCCGCUCCAGCUGCGCCAGCUGCGUCUUCGGCCACAUCGAGCGCGCCACAAGACGCUGCAGUGGACCCAUCUCAGCCAACUGUCCAGCUGCAAGUUCGCCUUGGCGAUGGCACUCGUCUAUCCUCGCGCUUUAACACGACGCAGACCAUAGGCGAUGUUUACGACUUCGUGAACCGCGCAUCGCCAGCCUCGGAGCAGCGUCCGUACGCACUCAUGACUACCUUUCCCUCGAAGGAGCUCUCCGACAAGUCGCAAGUCCUCGGCGAGAUGAGCGACUUCAAGCGCGGUGGUGUGGUAGUCCAGAAGUGGACCUAG